GAAAGUCCAAGAUGGCGGACUAAGCGACGCGGCUUUCCGGAGAAGUUUCACAUUUACGAUCUUAUAGAUUCAAAAAUAGCAUCAAAUACCUCAACUAUUCACCUUUUCUUAAGCCCACGAAACGGACUUUGAUUGUGGAGCGAUGGCGUGUUAUCUGAAGUGAAGAUUGAAGACGUGAUAGAAGAUGGACGACUACUGCUAUGCUAAGAUGGCGACGUCCGCUAAAAGAGAACAUGAAAGAGAAUCAGCGCCACCAACGGAGAACAAUCUGAAAAGCGAAGAUGAAGGCAAUUUACAACCUGCUAGCCAGGCUCCGCCAUGUGCUCGGUGUACUCCGUUCACCGUAGCGGCAAUGGGGAAGAUGUCGGUGCCACAGACGGAAGAGUGCCACAGAAAGGUCACUGCACACAUAAUCAAAAGACUGCAUCCCUUUUCAGAGGUGGAAUCGCCAACAUUUAGGGAUGUGGUGAAAACUCUAAAUCCAAAAUACACACCACCUUCCAGGGACUACCUGUCUAAUACAUUGAUCCCGGCAUGGUACAAGGUAGAGAAGUGUAACAUCAUUACAGAGCUCCGUGAAACCAGCUCUGUAGCACUGACAUGUGAUGGCUGGAGUAGCAUCACACAGGACCACUAUCUCACCAUCACAGCACACUACAUAAUUGAGGGGGAAAUGCAGCAAAAAGUGCUAAAAACAAAGGCUGUGUACAAAGCACAGACAGGCUGUAUUGUUGCAGAAGAAAUAAGUGAUGUCCUAUCAGAGUUUGCUAUAUCUGAGAAAAUCAUAGCAGUAACGGUAGAUAACGUUGCAAACAUGUAUGUGGCCAUAAAGCGCCUGCAGUUUGUGAAACUCUGCUGUUUUGCUCACACACUUAAUCUAGCAGCACAGAGUCUAUACUCCCUAAAUUCAGUGAGUCAGUGGGUGGCCAAGGUCCGAGCCAUUGUUGUGUGGAUGAAGAGGUGCUUGAUGGCCAAGGUAGUCCUCAAAGAGAAGCAAGAACUUCUACAGCUGCCCCGACACUCACUAAUACUUGAUGUGAGAACACAGUGGAACUCUCUGUAUCUAAUGCUGGAGAGAUUCACAGAGCAGUACCAUGCAAUUCAAGCAGCCACCUUGGAUCAACGGCUGAGAAAAAAUAUGGAAAGGGACAGACUUGCUCGGCUAACUGAGGAGGACUUUAGAAAAGCUGAGGACUUCAUCAGCGUAAUGAAGGUGCUCUACACAUCAACACUCUGCGUGUCUUCCGAAAAGAGUCCCACAUGCGGACAGAUUCUGCCUAUCCUCAAAAAGCUUGAGGCACACCUGGCUGUAAAAGAUGGAGACACAGUCUUUGUGUCAAACCUCAAAAAACAGAUUUGGGAAAACCUAUCCAAGCGCUACCAGAAUGAUGAGAUCAGGGCCUUUCUCCAGCUGGCCAGUGCGUUGGAUCCACGCUUUAAACAUAAAUUGGAUGAUGACACCAUCUGGGACCAGAUCCAGAGAAAGCUGAUUGAACAGUCAACAGAGGAAGUCUGUGGAGCUGAUGGGAACACCAUGCAAUCUGAGAAUGAGGCAAAUGAGGAGAACGAGGAUGAGCAGGAGAGUCAACAGCCUCCCUGCAAACUGCCCAAGAAGACUCCCAUGGAGGAGCUGUUUGCUGAGGAAGAGGCACAGAGCAUAGUGUCACAGCAGAGCUCCAUGUCCAUCAAGAAACGAGUGGAGAGAGAGCUGCGGAUGUACCAGGACGUUCCACCGAUACUUAUGUCUGACGACCCUGCUGCAUGGUGGUGGAACCAACAAAAGACUUAUCCUUUGCUGUCAGAUCUCGCUUUCUCCUAUUUAUGCGUUCAAGCUUCUUCCACACCCAGCGAAUGUGUAUUUUCCACAGCAGGAGACACUAUCUGUCCAGAACGCUCACGCAUCCUGCCUGAGAAGGCGGAUAUGGUCAUUUUCCUAAACAAGAACUGUCUCUGAUUUUAUACUGUACCUACUGCUACUCUGGACUGGGUUUUGCAAGUUGUUUCUUAUUGUUUAUUUGCUUUUCUGCACCAGGUUAGCCCAUCAGUGGGAGCACGGUAACAUUUUUAAGUACCUGCAGCAUCAUACACUUGUGUGUGUAAAUGUGUUUUCAUGAGGUUUCCUGCAGCAUCAUACACUUAUGUGUAAAGGUGUUUUCAUGAGGUUUCCUGACGCAUCAUACACUUAUGUGUAAAGGUGUUUUCAUGAGGUUUCCUGCAGCAUCAUACACUUAUGUGUAAAUGUGUUUUCAGGAGGUUUUCAAAAAUAAAGCUCUCUUGAGGAAAGUGUACCCCUGGGAAAAUGUAUUCAUAAUUUAUGAUAUUUAUAUUCAAGUUCAUAGAUUUGAUAUUUAUAUUCUAGUUGAAAACAGCCCUGUGAGGAAUUUAUAGUAAAGUUCAUAAAAAGUUAAUAGAAUUAAAAUUGAUGGAGAAUGUCAGACUAUUUCGUUCAGAAAGACUGUAGGUUAGCUAGCUCAUUUAAAAUAUUCUAAACAUUUUUUUGACCCUGCCUCUUAAAAGAAUCGGAAUCGAGAA